AUGACUUUCAGCCACUUCAGCUCCCUUUCAGUCACCACCAUGUCGACCACCAGCUUUUCCUUCACGUCCAAGGUCUUCACUGGUGUCCCCGUGCCCAAUGCAUCUGUUUCGGUCGACGUCGUUAACAUUGCCCAACUCCACACCCACAUCAUAAAAACACUCCUCCAGUCGGCAUCUGACGGCGCUCUGGGAGUUGCACCGGUCUAUGGGACACAUAGCGCACUGUCGAAGAUCGCAUUUGCGUCCAGAACGCGCGUGUUAGUCGUGAUCAUAGGCAAGCCCAGCUCACUCAAGAAGGACGUGAAGAGCAAGUUGGCGCCGUUGGUCACUUCGCACCUGACAAAGGCUGCAUUUCGCAUGGACUCUGUUGUGGCCGCGUUCUUCAUGGAUUUGCAGCUGCUGCUAGAUGGUGGGAUCGACCUCCUCUCAACGGAAACGAAAAACGAGCGAGAGUCGAUGGAAGCUUUAUUCGGUGUCUUAGGCUCUUCUAAGCAGCCCAAUCAAGCUAAAGCGCGAGGAUUGUUCGAGGGAUAUGAAAAGGCGAAGAGGACAACGGAUAGGCAACUUGCAGAGCAAGCUUGGAUCGCCUGGUACAUUGCGACGACAUCGCAAAGCGCCAAGGUCGCAACUCCGAUAAGAGCGAGCGCAAUUCCGACUGAACAUCUCACCGUCCUUGCCAAGCUCGUCCGCGAUCGACAGCAACUUCAUGCGCUCAAGCCACAUACCACCGAGAAUGAAAUCUCGCCCGACUAUAGCGUGAAACGAAAACAACUUAAUGCUCAGAGUAUUCGGUUCAAGACCCGCCUCCAGCGGCAUAAUCCGGUGGGUAUUUCCCCUUUACCAGAUGAACUAGCCCACAUUUUCGUCCAGCAAGUCAUGCUCACGAUGGGAGAGAAGAAAAUAAUGGGGCACAUAUCUUCGACCAAUGGAAAGAAGUCCAAGAUCAGCUACAAGGGCAGCAUCACGAACGGUAAAAUACCACUCAAGAUUACUACAAUAGGGAAGGAGCCCCCAACGAAUGCUGAGUCAAAACGGACGAGUGUUGUCUUGUCAGCGCUGAAGCAAACCAACACGAUUGUUGCACAGCCAUUCUUCAAAGCAUUGUGGUUAGACGCUGGUACCAAGCAGAACAGGAAACCACUCCAACUAGCGAUAGCGGCAACCGUCCCAAAUUCUCGGAUUGCAUUUCCCCGACAACUGAAUCCGUCUCAAGAAGCUGCCAUCCGUGCCAUUUUAUCGCCUCAACCGAUGGUGGUGAUACAAGGACCCCCAGGAACUGGGAAAACGACAGUCAUAGCAGCCGCAGUUAUAAACAUACGUGCUCUUCCCGUCUCCCGAAGGCAGAAUGUCUAUCUCGUGGCACAGAGCAACGUUGCAGUCAAGAACAUUGCGGAGAAGUUGGCUUCAGUCGAUUUCCUCGACUUCAAAUUGAUCGUCUCAAAAGAGUUCCAUUAUGAGUGGCACGAACACCUAUACCACAAGGUGAACCCAAACCUAAUCAGGAUGGAUAAGCUGGAGAAGAAUAUUGUCGGCGUUGAGAGACAGCUUCUCGGCGCCAAGGUCAUUCUAUGCACACUCAGCAUGCUGUCGAAUCCCAACUUUGGUGUCAUCACACAGUUGGUUCCGUUGCAGACCGUCAUUAUAGAUGAAGCGAGCCAGAUUGAAGUGGGCGACUAUGUUCCGCUGAUCUCGCUCUUCUCGACCACUCUCAAUAAGAUGGCAUUCAUUGGCGACGACAAGCAGCUGCCGCCAUACGGACAGAGCGACAUAUCUUCUCUGAAGAGUGUUUUUGAGAUGAGCCAUCUACGCGAUCAUGCAUUGUUUCUGGACACACAAUAUCGGUCAGUCCCGUGUCUGCUGGUUGAACGUUUUGACAUUCUUUCUGAUAGUAUGCCCAUGCAAUUGGGUCGCUUCAUCGGAGAACGAGUCUACAACAGCAAGUUAAAGAGCAUGCAUCCGAUAGCCACGCGUUGCUGCGAGUUUAUCGACGUUUCAGGUAGUGCGGAGGAGAGAAAAGGGCAGAGUUGGUUUAAUCUCGCCGAGAUCAAGGUGGUCAUAGCGGAAGCCCGCAAACUCGUGCAGCGGGACAAGUCGUUCCGCAUAAUAACACCAUACGACCCGCAACGCAGCAAAAUCGAGGCGGCACUCCGGUCCGAGGGCCUUGAUGCGGACGACAAAGUUUUUUGCGUUGACUCGUUUCAAGGGAACGAAGACGAUUACAUCAUCCUCUCGCUGGUGCGGACGUCCAAUAUCGGGUUCAUGGCGGAGAAGCGGCGCGUGAACGUGAUGCUGACGAGGUGUAAACGCGGGUUGACAAUAGUUACGAAUAAGACGUUGGUCGACGGCAAGGCGGAGAAGACAUUGAUCGGAAAACUGGCGCUCUCGCUCGGGAAGAACGCGUGGAGGCCAUUUGAGUAG